CGUCACAAGGUCCCCUGCCUGUGUCCAUAAACAUCAGCUAUCCGCCUCCCACCCUGGUCCAAGGUAGCUCUACUGUAACUCUGAUAAUAUUUAGAACAUAAUGACUGUUUUGGCGUCAACCGACCAACCAGGUUUUAUAUGCAAAUAACCUUCGCUGUCGUAACUCGUGUUAUUUUCUAGCCGGUUCACGGCACCGCGCUAAACAAGGUACCGUAGAGUAGCUUUAGCCUAGCUGACUUGGAAAUAGUCUCACUAAUGUGGUGACAAGAUAACGAUAAGAUCUUCUGAAGUGGCUGUGACCACCCUGCUGCCAUUCAGAGAAUCGUCGUUAGGGAGCUUCUUUGAAAGCUAACGAGCUGGAGGAAGAGGCUGUCUAAAGGUUUAAUGGUGGGCAUUUGCCCGAUGGGGUCGUAGCAGGGGACGAAGUGAUUGACUUCAGAGCUGCAGGCCAGUGGAAUGUUGCGUUGGUCGGUCCACCUUGAAGGAGGGCCACGGAGAGUCAAUCAUGCUGCUGUGGCUGUGGGGCACAAGGUGUACACCUUUGGAGGCUACUGCUCCGGGGAGGACUAUGAGACAAUACGUCAGAUUGACGUGCAUGUUUUCAACACUGUGUCCAUGCGCUGGAUGAACUUGUCCCCAAUGAGGCCAGUGACACAUGACCGUGCUCCUGAAGUGCCAUACAUGCGUUAUGGUCACACAGCAGUGCUUCUGGAUGAAACCAUUUACUUAUGGGGGGGACGCAAUGACACAGAGGGUGCCUGCAAUGUGCUGUAUGCGUUUGAUGUCAAUACCCACAGAUGGUACACACCCAGAAUUUCUGGGACAGUUCCAGGGGCAAGAGAUGGCCAUUCUGCCUGCGUUCUGUUGAAGGCAAUGUACAUAUUCGGAGGAUAUGAACAGCUAGCUGACUGCUUCUCCAAUGACAUCCACAAAUUGGACACCACUACGAUGCAUUGGUCUUUAAUUGAUGUGGCGGGCAUUCCUGCCAGUUGGCGGGACUUCCACUCAGCGACCAUCAUCGGGACAAAAAUGUUUGUAUUUGGAGGGCGAGGAGAUCGCUUUGGUCCAUUUCACUCCAACAAUGAGAUCUACUGCAACAAGAUAGAAGUAUUUGAUACACAGACCAGUCGUUGGCUAAGCACCCCUUCGAUACAGGUGUUACCUGAUGGACGCAGAAGUCACUCAGCCUUUUGUUACAAGGGAGACCUCUACAUAUUUGGUGGAUACAAUGCUGAUUUGGACCAGCACUUCAACGAUCUGUGGAAAUUCAGUCCAGAAGCCUUUUUAUGGACAAAAGUUGAACCCAAGGGGAAAGGCCCGUGUCCUCGGAGACGACAAUGCUGCUGCAUGGUGGGAGAUCGAAUCAUCCUCUUUGGAGGAACCAGUCCCUGUCCUGAGCAAGGAAUGGGCGAUGAAUUUGACCUCAUGGAUCAUUCAGACCUCUACAUUUUAGAUUUCAGUCCUAAUUUGAAGACAUUAUGCAAAAUAGCUGUAAUUCAGUACAAGCUGGAACAGUCAGGCCUGCCUCAUGAUAUCAGGUGGGAACUGUCUGCCAUGACCACUAACAGCAACAUCAGCCGGCCAAUCGUCUCCCCUCAUGGCUGACUUGAAGCUGAAUGUGAAGCCGAAGCAGAUUUUUGUUGUUGUUGUCGGAUCCAGCUGAGCAUGGAGGGACUGUUUUUUCAAAUACAGAUCUGUGCUGGAUUUAACCUCCCUAUUUAUCCGAAAUGUCCUUCAAUGGACUUGUUUGGACUCAGUGGACAUUCUCCAGCUCAGGACAAUUCUCAUGAGGAAAAGAAAACCAUGGGACCUGCUCACCCUCUCCCUUUUUGUCUCUUUAAUUCAAUCAGCUGAUGAUAAUCAUAGACUUUGAAGCACAGGAGGGACUAAGAUAUAUACGUAUAAAUGAGAAACGCUAAUGUUGAUGUCAUCAAACACAACUAAGCUUCUCUAAGAGACAAAUCUGAACUAUCGCUAAAUAAAAAGACUUCAGUGGUCAUGAGAAUGUAUAUUAAUAUAAACGCAUACCAUGCCCGUGUGCAGCUGAUGUGUCAAUAAUCUAACUUGUGUUUUUGUGUUCAGGGACCUUGUUAAUGGGUGCUGUACUGGUUUUAAAAUACUACUUUUGUGCCGUGUCUUCACACCAGGCACCAGCACCCCACUGCCCCACUGUAGUGACUCAAAACUCGUUUAGUAGAGUUGUGUAGUCCAUCUCCCUCCCCGAUUAAGGCCUUCCCAUGUCACUACAGAAAUUUGUGGCCGUUUUGAACUACUAACCACCACUUGAGUGUUCUUUUCUGUGCCAAAUGUUGAAAUGAAUCAUAAUAAAAUUACCGGGACAUAGUGGCAUUUACUCACACUGAACACUUACAGUAAGUUGAAUAUGCAUCACCAAGCUCUUGCUCUUUCAGACAAUCCAAGUGGUGUCGCACGCUUUUCUCAUAACCUGUUUUUUCACUCCAGGAGAGUGUGCAUGUGCUUUUUCCACUAUUUAAUGUUGAUACAACUGCGUAAGGGCUGCCUUAAAAUGUCCAUCUCUAAAACAAAUGUUCUUCAUCCACAUUCAGUUGGUAAUCAAUACUGUAUUUGGAUCUCAUGAUAGUUAGCAGGUCCCUUGAAAUUAGCAUUAUUAAUUAAUUAGUGCAAAACCCAUUCCCAUUUUUGAAAGAAAAAUAUGAAGGGGUGGUUAUUUUGGUGUAGUGGUAUUUUUUUUUUCCACUCAUGUCACUGCGAAAGACUUGCACAGUAAUGUAUGUUUAACAGGAAUCAUUGACCCACUGCCAUUUUGUGUCACUUAAUUGAGACUAGGCUGGGGAAAAAAAUGCUUUACCUCAUUGCCUGCCAUUGAUGACAAUAGAUGUCCAUUUUGACAGGGAAGGGCGAAUGAACGUUCGUCCACCCAUUUUAAAUGGAUUGGACGUCCAGUGCCGUCAAUGGCAGCCUAUGAGUUGAUAGUAACUCUUGUAAGUUGUCAACUCCAUAUUUAUAACAUCAAUACUCUGUGUGUUACGUCAAGCCAGUAGACCUACUUUUAAUUGUAUUUUAAUAUAUGACAACACAGCUACUCUGAUAAUGAUUCAUACACAUCCAAUAAGCCAAUGCUUAUGUUACUGAGACGGGUGUUUGUUGAAAUAUUUUGAUCUUAUAUUUUGAAUGCCUGUGAUGUAACUCACCCUUUAAAAUACCGUUUUAAAAGAAGUUGAAGGGGUGUGCCUUGCUUUUCAAAAUGGCUAAUGCUGUCGGACUGUUGUGCCAGCAACUGUAUGGCCACUGACAUGGCAUAGUAGUGUAGUGUAUCUGUUGGUUUCUUCCGAAAAAUGAAGAAACCAAAUGAAGUUUAGAGUGUAUUCAACAUUCUGUCACCCAUAUACAUGCUUACCUUUUUUUCCCCAACUGUUGGGUAAGACAUCCUGUGCAAUAUGCUUUAUAAAAAGGUCAAUAAUAAAUCGGUAAUAAAUCUAAACUUAUUUGACUACAGUAUGUAUUUGUGCUGCGAAAAAAUCACUGCAAACGCCAAUUCAGCUA